UUGGAUCAAAAUGGAUCUAGCCACCUCUGCUGUAAGGAGACUUAUCAACAACUCUCUCUUUCUCUCUCUCAAAACACACAGAGGCUCAGAAAUGGAGGCCGAAAACCAAGACAAGCCUCAUGCGAUUAUGGUACCCUGUCCUCUCCAAGGACAUAUCAUCCCCUUUGUUCAUCUUGCAAUAAAGCUAGCAUCCAUAGGCUUCACCAUAACCUUCAUCAACACACAAAAACUCCACCAACUCAUCACUAAAUCUUCUCCUCCCAACACCACCCAAUCCGAUAUCUUUACUGAAGCUCGUAAAUCUGGCCUUGACAUUCGCUACACAACUAUAAGCGAUGGAUUUCCUUUAAGUUUCGACAGAUUUAUCAACUCAGACCAAUUCAUGGAAGGUCUCAUGCUUGUCUUCCCAGCUCAUGUUGAUGAUCUUGUCGGAAAGUUAGUUCAUCAAACUCCACAAAUCACUUGCUUAAUCGCAGACACUUUCUUUACUUGGCCAUCAAUGAUUUCUAACAAGUAUAAUCUUGUUAAUGUUUCUUUCUGGACUGAACCAGCUCUCGUUUUCACUCUCUACUAUCACUUGGACCUCCUCAAGAUCAAUGGCCAUUAUGCUUGUCAUGAUAAUCGAGAAGACGUCAUAGAUUAUAUUCCAGGAGUGGAGAGUAUCCAGCCCAAGGACUUGCCCUCAUAUCUUCAAGCUCCCGAUACAUGUGUGGCGCUGAGGAUGAUUCAUAAGGCCAUAUUUGAAGGUGUGAAAGAAGCAGAUCUUGUUAUCUGCAACACAGUACAAGAGCUUGAACCCAGAACCAUCUCAGCCCUCCAAGAGAAGCAGCCAUUCUAUCCUCUUGGGCCAAUCUUUCUCCUAAGUGGUUUCACGAAAACAGCUGUGUUUACUAGCCUGUGGUCCCAAUCUGACUGCACCCAGUGGCUCCAAGCUAAGCCUCCUGGUUCAGUUUUAUACGUCUCAUUUGGUUCACUUGCAUUUAUGAGCAGGGAGGAUGUCGUAGAGAUAGCCCAUGGGCUCUUGCUUAGCAAAGUGAGUUUUAUUUGGGUAUUUCGUCCAGGUAUUUUGGGUUGUGAUGAUUCUGAAAUUCUACCCGUUGGAUUUGAAGAUGAGAUCAAGGAUAGAGGAUUGAUUGUGCCUUGGUGUUGCCAAAUUUCAGUGAUUUCACAUCCAACGGUUGGUGGGUUUUUAACACAUUGUGGGUGGAAUUCUAUAUUGGAGACUAUAUGGUUUAAUGUUCCAAUGCUCUGUUAUCCUCUGUUUACUGAUCAAAUCACUAAUAGAAAAUUAGUGGUUGAUGAUUGGAAGAUUGGGAUCAAUCUUUGUGAUAGGAAGCCAAUCAGAAGGGAUGAGAUUGCAGAAAAGAUCAAGUGUUUGAUGAUCGGAAAAUCAGCCAAUGAUUUAAGGAAGAAUAUGGAGAAAAUCAAAGGGAAGGUGGAAGAUGCAGUAUCCAGCGUUGGAUCGUCAGAAAAAAAUUUCAAGCAGUUUAUUGUUGAUCUCAAGGUCAAAAUUUCCCAAGUGGCAAGAUGAGGACUCAUGAAGCUCCAUAGACUUGCACAAAGGUUAAGGAAUAAAAUUUUGAGCCUCUCUCACUUCAAUUAAAGAAUAAAUUAAAGUGUAAAAGUAACCGUUUUAUAUAAAUUUCUACCAUUGAGAUGUGAGCAAGCCAAGCAAUGCAUCUACUAAACUGUAGAUUAUCCA